UGCUGCCGCCCCCGGCCAUCACCGUCCCCCCGCACCUGCAGCUGACCCAGCGCCACCUGACGGCCCCCUCGCCGCCCCCGUCACCUGCCCCGCCCGUCAUCGCCGCCGAACCCGAGUACGCCAUGCCGCUGACCGCUGGACCGCCUCCGCUCGAGCCCCCGCCCCCGCCUCCUGUACGCCUGGCCGCCUUCACACCCCCGCCGCCUCUCCAGACCCACGGGACCCACGGCCGCCACAAGCACCCCCGCCAGCAUGGGCACGUCAACAAGAUGGCCACGCUGAGCCACCAUGCGAGCUUCGGUGCAGGUAUGGUCGCUGACGACGGAAGCAGCUUCGACAACUCAGGCUUCGUGGACUCGGACGACCAACUCCUCGGCGGCGACCACCACGACGGCGGUGGUGGUGUCUACUCGUCGGCCCUCGGCGCGCUCGGCUACUACCACACCGUAGGCGGCAGCCGACGCGGCCUGCACGUCGGCGUUUUAAGGCCCAAGGUGUCGUCCCCGACCCGCAUCGCCAACCCAAAUCUGCCGCCACUGAAUCUGCACCCCUCGUCGACCGGGGCCUCCACCCUGGGGGGCGGCGCGUCGUCGGUGACCUCGGGUCAGAGCAGGCGCUCCCUCCGCCGCGCGGGGAGGGAUGCGCGCGAGGCGCGGGAGGCUCGCGAGGCGGCGAGGGAAGCCCGGCACGCGGCAGAGCGAGAGAGUCGUCAUGGAGCGGACCGCCACCACCACCACGCCAGCAGCGGCACCCUGGCGCUGUGAGCGACGCGACGCUCCCGCCGUGUAGUGAUCGUCCACGACGAGUCGAAACGACGACGGUGCUAUCAGUUGCUAAUACAUCCUUGUGGUGGUGCCGAUGUGUGUACGAUGUCACCAGGAGUCCAGAGUACCCAAGUACUCGUGAAAGGCUGGGGGAGGUGGGAGAAUGAUAGGAGUUUCGAUUUACUAUUUUCGAUGCAUAGGACGUUGAUUCUUUUCUUCCUGCUCGCUUUCUUCAUCCCCACCACUAGAGUGAAAAAACUAUCUAUUUCAUGUUCUACUCUUGGGUCAAAGUGAUACAGUGUGGGUGAUCCGCGCCGUGGUUUUUUCCUGCUUAUACUGUACUGGAUUCAUGCGUGCGGGCGGGCUUGACCAUCGUCGCUCGCCAUGGGUCCUUACGGCCCCGUGCGAGUAUGCAACCCAUCCGCACGCAUGAAUCCUGUACAGUAUAAGCAGAAAAAACCCACGGCGCGGAUCACCCACCCUGUAUAUCUAAGAGGGACAGCCAUAUGGUUCUCUGUCAUGGUCCUUCUAAGUACACACUGCCAUUAGUAGUUGUUUGUGGUGGAAUAGAGUGCAAAACGUCGGAAUUACGUAAUAUCAGUAUAUAUGAUGAGGAAGUCUAAGCUUUAAAGAGAUACCUAAUGGAGGAUGGAGCAUACAUCAGACGGCCAGCGCCGAGUGCAGUGCCGCUACAAAGGGGUUGGUAAAACUCACAAAGUGUGCUCACAUUGUGGUCCCGCCGCAAUGAACGUGCUAAUUCAGCAGUAUUUGUCAUUUGACAUUAAAUCAACAUGUUUGCAUUCAUGCAUCACUCAUCAAAAUUAAUGUCAGCAUUGAAUUUGGAGCAUUUAGCUGACAGUGCAGAGGAGUAGAGUUGAUAGGGGAGAAGCGCACAACAAUUUCAGAUAUCUGCUGCUUGCUUUCUGUACUAAUUUGUGAUAUUAAAGGUCUUGGAUGAGAAUUACUAUUUGUCCGGCAGAAUGAGAAAGCAGUUAACAAUGAAGGCCUUGAAUGAAAAACCAGCGCACAAUUCACUUAAUAAAGUGAAGAUUUUGAAAUUACAUAAUUGUAACCAAUACAUCAUUAAUCAUCUGUUAUUGGCAAAACAGUUCAGUGAGUGAAUCAGGCUUCUAAUUUAGAUCUGAUGUUGAGUAAAGUCAAAGUUGAUAACAGUGAUUUUAUUGUCUAUACAGAGGUAAUUAGUAAUGUACAAUUUUCGACAAUUUUGUGAAGGUUGCCAGGAGGCCAAAAGGUACUGCAUUUGUAUUCUCUUCUGCCCAUGCAUAGUAGACCUUGAACUUGGUCUUGUUGAAGGUAAUUCAAUUCUCACCAGACCAUCUGAACUCAUUUAUAAUACAUUCAUUAGCUACUAACAUUUUAAUUAUAGGGUACGAGUUUUACAGUUCUGUUACCAAGUUAUCAUAUAGUAGAAAAAAUAUGUAGUAUGAGGCAAGUUGUUUAUGUAUUUUGCAUAUAAUAUUAUGACUGAUAAAUUGUUAUGUUAAUCCAUCACAAUUGGUUAUUUUGGCUAGUGCUUUCCUGUUAUUUUAUGUUAAUGUCUUUUUUUAAUCAAUUUACAUUUUACGCGCUUGCUUUCAAAAAAUUUAAUGAAUGGUACUGCGUUUGUAAACUAAGAAGUAGUUAUCUUCUAGCAAUAAAAUCAUCUGUUUUGUUACUUA